GCCUUGUCACGUCAAGUGUGUCAACUGUCGUGAAACUCCAUUGACAAAGAAAACAAGUGCGCAGGACGCUCAGAAGUCAGUCUUAUCUGUUCUCCACUUUAUAAAUAUAUUGUGUUAUAAAAUACAUUUUUGAUUCUUUAUUAAGGAUAAAAUCGUCUUGGUGUGCGUGUAGCUUAGCUCGCUAGUUAGCUUAGCUCGCUAGUUAGCUUAGCUUGUUAGCUGCUAACAGAAGACGCGGAAGUUGUCAACACAUCGCUAAGUAGAGAUUAAGUGUGAGUGUCAAAGUGUUGGCAUUGUGUGAAAAUGAGUAAAUUACACAUGUUGAGAGCGUUGGUGGACCAGCGACUAACUGCUGCCGCCCAAGAAAUAUUUGUAGUGUUAGAAAAAACGAUAGCAGAAUACGAGGCGGAACUUUCUAGAACAAAGGAGGAGAACAAUCGGCUAAUGGACACUGUCUUCAAGAAACAUCAAGUUAUGUUACACAGAACAGACGUCGACGGAGAACAUUUUCUCUACGAGCAGCAGGAGGAGCCACAGCCCCUCCGCAUAAAAGAGGAACGACUCUUUAAAGAGGAAGCGAUGGAACACAGCAUCAGUCGGGAGGGAGAGGACAUUGAAGGACUGGAGGAGUCCCCAGGUACUGGUGUCCCUGUGAAGAGUGAAGGUGAGGAGAGGGGAGGGGCGGAGCCUCCAACUCAACACAUGACAACAGAAGCUGAUGGAGACCACUGUGGAGGAUCACAAGCAGACAAGCUCUUAGCUCCACAAUCAGAUAGUGAAGACACAACCUCACACUCUCCUGACACUGAUGAUGAAGACUCUAAAGAUGAUCAGACAUGUCACACUGACGACACUCACUUGAAAAGUUUUGGCCUCAAAACGUCUCUGAAAAAUGACACCGGAGAGAAAUGUGGUAAAAUAUUUUGUAUAAAAGGAGACCUGAUCCAACACGCAAGAGCACAUACCCAAGAGGAACCCUUUUCCUGUUCGGUGUGCGGGGCAACUUUUGCUAGAAAGGACAGUUUGAAAAGCCACAUGAGAACACACGCCGUAGAGAAACCCUUUUUGUGUUCUGUGUGCGACUCGCGUUUUGCUCAAAGGCAACAGUUGGAAAACCACAUGAGAACGCACGCUGGAGAGAAACCGGAGUUUGAGUCAAGUCUUGCACGAAGUCAAAACUUGACAAAACACGUGACGGUACACCCGGGCGAGAAACCUUUCCCCUGUUCCAUCUGUGGUGUGUGUUUUUCAAGGAAAUUAACCCUGACACAUCACAUGGCCGUGCACACCGGGGGGAAAGCUUUCCCUUGUUCCAUCUGCGGCGUGUGUUUCUCCAGGAAUCGCGAUCUGACCAUUCACAUGAGACGGCACACGGGAGAAAGACCCUUUUCGUGUUCCAUGUGCGACUCCAGCUUCGUCCGAAGUCAAGAGUUGAAAAAACACAUGACGGUGCACACGGGGGAAAAACCUUUUUGCUGUUCAAUCUGUGGCAUGUGUUUCUCGAGAGGGGACAGUUUGAUGGAACACACGAGAAGACACACCGGGGAAAAAGUGCUGAGUUGCAGCGUGUGUGGCGAAAGGUUCUCUUAUAAGUACCAACUUAACAAACACAAGUGCGCUGGUGAGAACUGCAGCAGUAAAAUAGAAAAGAGACCCCCACCAGGCCUAAACCCCCAGUCGUAAAGAAUCCUUCAAAAGAAGGCUGAAUCCAAACACAUAAAUCUAAUCACUUGUUCCUUAUCCUGUUUCUGACAUGUCCUAAAAGUUUCAUUGACGUCCAACCACAAUUUUUUCUGUUUUGUUACUAACUACCUGAUGAAUAUACAAACUACAAAUUACUUUAUUUGACAUCAUAUGGACAAAGAUAAGACCUUCUGGAGGAGUGGUCCGGUACUGGGCCGCGGUUCGAUUGGUACCGGGCCGCAGAGGAAUUUUUUAUAAUUUUUUAUUUUAUUUUUUUAAAUUUUUUUAUUUUUUAUUAUUAAAUCAACAUACAAAACACAAGAUACACUUACAAGUAUUGCACCAACCCAAAAAACCUCCCUUUUUCAUGAAUUUUUUAUUUUUUUUUUAAUUUAAAAAAGAAUCCUGAUCCGCCGCCCGGAUCAUACAUUGUUUUGGUUUUCAAAAAUAAAAAACUUUUUUUUUUUUACUGUUUACUUCAAACACAAUUGUCUUGAGAUCAACUUCAGAUCCAUCUGUCAAUUAUAACUUGUAUUGUUGUUUAUGUUUUUGUUUGUUCUUAUUAGGCCCUUCUUUGUUUUUUAUAUGGCAAACACAAAAUAUGCAACAUUUUGCCCCAAAAAUAUCUCAAAGUGGAAUAUUUAAUGUGACCCAUUAUUAUUUUUUUAAAAGAGAGAAACAGCCUGCAUGGCAGCUUAGUGUUGUUAGAGUAAACAUUGCAACAUUUUCUUGUCACAUUCGACCUGUUUACUCUUUUAUACCACUUUUUAUGUUUUUUAUUUUUUUAAUCGUAUUUUUAGAAUUUGCUUAGGGCCGCAAAUGGCCCCCGGGCCACACUUUGAACACCCCUUACCUAGGUGAACAUAUGCUAACAUUUGAAAAACACUUCUACAUCUUAGCUUUGUGUUACAGAUUACAAAGCAAUAAGAUAAUUCAUAAUUAUUUUGAUAUUGAUUUCAUCCGUAUUCAUGUUAACCAUGCUCUAAAGUAAGUUUAUGUUUACUAAAAUUGCUAUUCCAGGGGUGUCCAAAGUGCGGCCCGGGGGCCAUUUGCGGCCCACAAGUCAUUUUUUAACGGCCCCACGGCACAUUGUAAAAAUACUAUUAAAAAAACAACAUAAAAAGUGUUUUAAAAGAGCCAACAGGUGAAAUGUAACAAGAACAUGUUGCAAUGUUGACUCUAAUAACACAAUGCUGCCAUGCAGGCUGUUUAUUUCUUUAAAAAAUAAUAAUGAAUCAAAAUCAAUGACACUAUGAAUUAUUGACCUAAUCAAGGCUCCAAUAACGUCACAUUAAAUAUUCCACUUUGAGAUAUUCUGUGGGGAAAAUGUUGCAUAUUUUGUGUUUGCUAUGUAAAAAAGUAAGCUGUUUUUUUAUUUGUUUGUUUUAAAAAGGGCCCAAAACAAACCAACAAAAAACAUAAACAACAAUAAAACGUAUAAUCUGAAGUUGAUCUGGAGGUUAUUGUGUUAAAAGUAAACAGUUAAUAACAUUUAUAAUUUAUUUUUUAACACUUUAAUGAGUAGGACCUUUUUGGAUCGCCAAUAAUUGUUGUGUAAUU